UCCAUGAUGACCCGAUUGGGGAUCGAAACCGUGACCUCACGGUUCAGAGGCAAGCACUUUACCAAUGCGCCACCGAGGUCGUCGUGGAGUUUAAUUAUUAUUUACUAAUUUCCUUUUUUCAGUGUCAGAAUAAAAACUUCUGAAAACAAACAGAAGAAGCAAACAAAACGUCAUAGAUACAAUCAAAUUUAGACAGUGUCAUAUUAAAUCUAUUGUGGUACAGUUAUACUGGAAAAGCAUUGAUGUGGUAGUUGAUGGAAGGUUAUGGUUUUCCGUAUCCCCAGCCGUUUGCUGCGAUGGCGACGCCGCCGGAGGGGGAGUAUCCAGACCACGGCGACGGCUUCGGGGAUUACUAUGGGAUGUCAGUUUUGAAGGACAACCGGGAUCUUGGAAGACCAAGUCGCACGAAGCACCGUAGCAGACGGACCUUUGUCCUCGACCGCUCAAGGUCACAGAGCAACGGUUCCGGGUCACAAUCGCGGUCAAAAUCAAGGUCAAGGUCUCGUACAAGGUCCCGCAGCGGCUCCCGUUCUCUCAGUCAGGCUAAGGAACUGAAGUUCAAAGAGCCUAGCUUCUUAGACGCUUUUCGAGUACUCUAUAUAACACCAAGCAAAUCCCAAAAGAGCGGCAACCGCUUCCUAGCCACAAAAAAACGGCAGGACAGAAUCCACGAGCUCCUCAAAAGCGACGGUCUCGGGUCCAAAAGAUGGCUGUUUUACCCUCGUUCCCAGACCCAAACCGGGGUCACCACCAACCCUGAUGCCAGACCUGUCCCCGGUUCUCGAGAUAACGUAGACCAGAGGAUCAAAAUAGACGGAGACUUCUUUAGAAAAUACAAGAGGAGAAACAAGGUGGAGGAGGACGCUCCCAUCGCGAAACUGAAAAGAUGGGAACUAAUAUUGUAUAAGAAACUCGGGUUCAUACAAGCUGUUUAAUGUUUUAGUAGUAAUUUGAUGUUUUGUUUAAUAUAAUUUACGUAUCAUAAUGUC